CUCUCCAGUACAGUAUAUGCAUGUGUAGCACGUGGGUAUGUUUAUGGGCAUAACCUGCAUUGAAUUCAAACGAUAGAAACACGUUAAUAAGUGUUAAUUGUUUAGUAAAAAUAGUAUAGUAUUGUAAUUAUAGUAAAAAUAGUAGGGUAGAAUAUAAAUAAAAAUGGUUCGUCACAAUAAUCAGUUGCCCGAUAAUUUACCUCAACUGCAGAAUCUCAUCAAACGUGAUCCAGAUUCCUACAAAGAUGAAUUCUUGCAGCAACUUCGUCAUUACAAAGGGAUACUGGAAGUUUUCAGUUUUAGCCCUGACAAGUUCGACAAACAUCUCGAUGCACUGGUCAUGUUCUUAGCUCAGGUUGCUCAAUGCUACCCUGAGGAUAUGAAAACAUUUCCACAAGAGCUGAUUGAUAUUCUGAGAGAAAAAAAUGAUGUUCUUGAUAAUGAAAUGAGAAUGACUUUUUGUCGUGCUUUAAUAUUACUCAGAAAUAAAAACCUGGUCGAGCCUACUCCAUUGCUCAGUUUGUUUUUCGAAUUGUUGCGGUCGCGAGAUAAGGCCCUUAGAGCGUACCUGAAAACACACAUUGUGACAGACAUCAAGAAUAUUAACGCCAAGCAUAAAAAUUCAAAAGUCAAUUCAGCUCUUCAAAAUUUCAUGUUUGAUAUGCUUGAUGAUAAAAAGGAUUCACGUGCUGCAAAGAUGUCAGUUGAUGUCAUGAUAGAGUUGUACCACAAAAAAAUCUGGAACGACGCCAAGACCGUUAAUGUUAUUGCUCUUGGCUGUUUUUCACAGCACCUUAAAGUUAAGGUGACCACUUUGAGGUUCUUUAUAGGCAAAGAUGAAGAAGAAAGUGACAGUGACAGCGACAGUGAACCUGACGUCAAAGAAGUAAUAAUGGCAAAUAAAGUGAAUAAAAAAACUAAAAAACGUGAAAAAAAGUUAGCGACUAUUAAAAAGAAGAGUGCUAAAGCACAGAAAAAGAAGAACAAAGCUCCAACCUACAGCUUUUCAGCUCUUCAUUUGAUUCACGACCCGCAAGCUAUGGCAGAAAAUUUAUUUAAAAAGUUGGACAAGAAAAACGAUAAAUUUGAAAUCAAAUUGAUUACGCUGGACGUAAUUUCACGCCUGAUUGGAUUGCACAAUUUGUUUGUGCUUAACUUUUACCCGUACAUUCAGCGCUUCCUUCAGCCUAGCCAAAGAGAGGUAACGAAAUUGCUGCAAUUCAUCGCUCAAGCCUCGCACGAGCUCGUGCCACCGGAAUACAUGACGCCGGUUCUGAAGACCAUCGCCAACAAUUUCAUCGUCGAACGUAACAGCAGCGACGUCAUGGCAAUCGGUCUCAACGCGGUGCGCGCGAUCGUUAGCCGCUGUCCGCUGGCCAUCGACGAGGACCUGCUGCGCGACCUGACGCAGUACAAGAGGCAUCGCGAGCGCAGCGUCAUGAUGGCCGCGCGCUCGCUCAUCGGCCUGUUCCGCAACACCGCCCCGGAGAUGCUGGCCAAGAAGGACCGUGGCCGGCCCACCGAGGAGAAUUACGCCCUGGAGCUGCCCAAGUACGGCGACCAGUCGGCCAAGGACUUCGUUCCCGGCGCCGAGGUCGUCCUCGAGGAACAAGCCGACGAGGCGGAGAACAGCGACAACGAAUGGACCGAUUGCAGCGACGAUGACGAUGAUUCCGACGGAGGGUGGGUCGAUGUCGAUCACAGCAGCGACGAGGAGGGAGCAGAUGACGACGAAGAGAUGGGCUCCGAAGGCGAUUCCGAAGACUCGGAUGACGAAGACGAAGAUGGCAAAGAAAAAGUUAGCAAAAAGAAAGCAGUCAAAGCCGACGACGAGGAUGAGGGCUCCGAAGGCGAUUCCGAAGGCUCGGACGACGAUGACGAAGACGGCAAAGAAAAGAAAGAAGGAGAAAAAGCUAGCAAAAAGAAAGUUGCCAAAGCAUCCGUCUUGAGCACGAAGAAAAUUCCGAAGGACCGUAAGAAACUGGAGAGAAAGAAGAGGCGCGCGGAGGAGAAGCGCAAGGCCCUGGAGAAGGCGAGGGCGCUGAGAAAGGUCGUGUACACGGCCGAGAGAAAGGCCAAAGCCGCGGAGGCGUCCACAAUGCGCCUCUUCACCGACGAGGAUUUCAAGCGCAUGGACGCGACGAGGGCGCGCCAGAUGGUCACGCCCAAGCGGGGCCAGGUCGCGGGCGCCGUCAAGAGGCCGCGCGAGGACGACGACACCCGCCACGAGCUGGUGCGCAUCGGCGACAUCGAGAACAUCUACAAGAAGCGCAAGAACGACAAGGCCGCGAGGAUGGCCAGCGUGCGCGAGGGCCAGGAGGACCGCGAGAAGCACGGCUACCAGGACCGCCGCCAGAAUCCCCACUGCAGCAAGACGAAUCGCGAGAACAGCAAGAAGAAGAACUUCCAGAUGCUGAAGCACAAGGCGCACAGGAAGGUGAAGAAGUCGUUCAGGGAGAAGCAGAUCGCACUCAGGAAUCACCUGACCAAGCUCAAGCGCAUGAAUUAGAGGAAGGGAGAGAGAGAGAGUCAAAUGUUGGAUAUAGUUUAUAUAUAUGUCUUAUUUACAUUUAUACAUUUUAUACACUGUAAUUAAUUAACGUAGCGUGUACAUUGUUGAAAGUAGCAUACGUUAAUGAUAUUUAUUAUUUUUUAAUAAAGUGUUUUGCAACUGUGCAAGUAAAAAGUUA